CAGUGCGUUCAGUGCCAAAUGAUCUCCUCCUCCUUCACUUCCCACAGCCAUAGGGCUCAUUCUGCCUCCCUUGACCAAGCGACUCAGACCUACACAUUUAAGAAAUAUUUUUUCUCUCUACUACAAUAGCGAUACUUUUUUAAAUACUAGAGAAGCACAGCUUUGUUUAACAAGAUGCUGCAAGUAAGAGGUUUUGGGAAUGAGAAAUCCCAGUUAAGGGAAUUAAACGUGCGCUUGGACCAGUACCUCUCCCGAGUGAGGCAACUGGAGAAAGAGAACCAGUUGCUGGUGGAAGAGAUCCACAAGUUGCGCUUCGAGUGUGGUGUAGAAUUGUCACAGGGGUAUCAAGAAGAGAUGCACCAGCUGCGCGGGCAGGUGGAGGAGCUGAGUGUGCAGAAGGGAGAGGCAGAGAUCCAAAGGGACAACCUGUGGCAGGAACUUCUGAACCUUAAGGAGCUGUAUGAGCAGGUAAGGGCCAUGAGGCUGAGGAUUGAGCAGCAAUUGGAUGCAUACAAGAAAGACCUGCAGAUGGCAAGGAACAGCCUGGCAGCCCUGGAAGAGUUGCAUACUCGUCUACAGCAGGAGUGUAUGGGACUCCAUUUGUCCCAUCAAGAAGAGCUAAAGGUUUUGAGGGAGCAGGCACUGCAGAUGCCCCUGCAUGUAGCUAUACAGGGAGCUGUACGUCCUAGCCUGAGCCUCCAAGAAGUUCAGAGCUUCUCUCUGGAGCUCUCUAGCUUUUGGGAAGAGACUUACCUAAUCUACCAGAAAAAGAUCAGGGAAAUGGAAGAGAUUCUAAGACUGGAUGAGGAGAGCAGAUAUGAAGCAGAUGAGGAGGUGAAGGCUCAGAGGAUGCAAAUUGCAGCACUACACAGAGAGUAUGAGGAGCUGCAGGCAAUCAGGAAUAAACUUGAGGAAGAGCUCCUUAGGAUGAAGGAAAAAUACCGACUAAAGGUGGAGGAAUAUCUGAUCAUCAUAGAAGAGCUGGAAAGUGAAAAAGAAACCAUUACAUUGACAAUUACAGAACGCCUUAAGGAUUGUCAGGAACUUAUGCAAGUGAAGACUGGACUAAAUUUGGAAGUAUCUGCAUACAGAGCCUUGUUGGAUUCAGAAAGCAAACAGGGAACAGUAAUCUGGACUGACUGGUCAUCAAGGAACAGACCUUUGGGUUCUGUAUCAUCAUCUACUUUUGAGCAAUCAGCCAGCAUCUCAGGUGUAAGAAAAGGAGAAGAAAGAAAAAUUCCAAUAACUAGAAUCACUGAGGAAAAAAGGAGAAAUGCAGGGACAUCCAACAUCCACCAGAUUUACACACAGCCUUUACCACAAACGUUCAUCAGAUCAAAUACCACAGAUGUAGGAAGGACAAAUAGUUCUCAUAUAUACUGUGCAAAAGAAAAUAUUACUCAUGAAAGAAAUCCCACAAUUUUUGGAAAAUAUGACCUUCACAAAAGCAGGGGAAUGCCACAGAGCAUAUAUCUCACACAACCUACAACAGUUACAAGACCAUAUGCCACAAAACUGCCCACAACAAGAACUCAAAAUAUAAAACAUGAGCAGGUGAGUGAAUCCACAAUCUUCAAAACAAUCCCUUCUGCAGAGGUCAGCAGAGGUCAAAUACAAAUUGUAGAUGAAACUCAAACUAGAUUAAAUGCAAGCAAGGGCUUAGACAACAACUUAGUUGAAGAAAGCAAAGUAAACAAAAGGUUUAUUGAAGUAGAAAAGCAUGUUUUCGAAAACAGAACCAGAGAUGCAGAAACAACAAAAAGAAUAGAAGAUACAGCAGGUCUUCUGAAAACAGAAAUACAAGGUGAUGCAAUUGAAGAGCCUAAUUUACAGGAGAUACCUAUCAAAAAGGAAAGGAAGAAAAGGGAACAGGCUAAAAAGCAGAGAGAAGAAGUAGACAAGGAAGAAGCAAGUGAAAUAAAUGUAGUGACAAGAGAAAAGUUAGAACUAUUUGAAUCUGCCCUUAAAGAGACACAUACUGGAGUCAGAGAAGAUACACCUAAUGAUGCGGUUGGACUGACUAUACCUAUAAUACUAGACAUAAGCAAAAAAAAUGAGGGAUCCAAGAAAGGACCUAAAGAAAGCACAGGGAAAACAGAAAGUGAUAUAAUAAAUGAAGAAACAUAUCUGAAUGAAGAAGCUAUGCUUUUGAGAAAUGUAGAGUACCAAGAAUCAAAUAAAGAUUCUGAAAGGAGUGAAAACAUAUUUGCAGAUAACUUGGACUUGGAAGAGGUGGCCAUGUCAACAGAGCACAUGGCUCAGAGAGAUAUGGUGGCAGAUAUUCUUAAACAUUUUGGCCAACCUUCUGCUCUGGAUGAUGCUAAUGUCACCUACGUGGAAAGAAAACAGCAGGGUGCUGAUGGAUCUGUGAAAACAGAAAUUUUAGUGCAAUCUAGGUCAGUUGGUGAAGUGAAUUUUUGUGAUGAAGCUGACCUUGUAGAUAUGUGGAGCAAGUCCAGUGAAUCAAAUCAAGAUAGUACAACUGCAGCAGAAGAGAAUUUAUUAGAAGAGCUACACAGCAGAAAUGUAACGAAAACUGUAUUGGGAGAUGUGAAAGGUGCAGAAUCAGAAGAAUGGAUUGGGAAUGUCAUUCAAGCUGGUUUGAAGGGGAGACCAGGAUUGAAAGUUAAUAUUGAAAUAAUUGAGGAAUCCAUAGGGAGCUUUGGAUUUGAGAGACCUGAGUUUUCUACUCCAUUUCAAGUAGAAGAAGCCGAUGAUUAUUAUGCAGGAGCAAAAUUAGGGGAGAGUAAUGAAGAAGAGCCUCAUGUAUCUGUUAAUGCAGAUAAUCUGCAGAGUAAAAAACAAAGUAGUGAAAAAACAGGUCAUGUUGUAGAAGUAACUGAGGGGGAAGAUACAGGUGAUGAGACAAAUUACUUUGUAUCAGUACCAGAUGACUACCACUUUAAUGAGGAUGACGAGGAAGAGACUUUAAAAGGGCAAAUUCACAUAGAGGACGAAUCUCAUGUUAAAUAUUCUUGGCAAGAUGAGUUUUUGCAAGGCUCCCAGAAUCGUCAAUCAUUAAGUGAAUUUUUAAAAUCUGCUAGCAGCAACAAGGAAGUCACAGCAAAUAAUAGUACUACUGAAGGCAGUAGCACACACAAAGUGGAAGGAUUACAACCAAAAGAUGUAGAAUCACAUGUUGAGACUGUUGUGGUUGAAAAAGAAAUUAAAGUUCCUUAUGGAUUUCAGUCAUCAAUUGUGGACAUUUUAUCUAAAGACAUAAAAGAUCCCCAACAGCAGUUGAAAGGAACCCUUGAGUGUUUGAAAGACAGCCUCCCACAAGACCUUAUUGAAGAAUUGUCGACUAUAGCUCAGAAAGAGCCAUGUCAAGCCAGUAAUUUUGCCAUGGAUAUUAAAAAAGUUGACCAAACUGUGGAUAGUGGUAUGGUAACAAUUGUGGCAGAAAUCAAUGUAUCUCAAACCUUAGACACAGAAAAUGUGGAUGCCCUAAAGUUAGGUAAGGGAAUAACACAAGAUGAUAGUGCUUUACUACACUCUACAGUAGAAACCACAGAAACAAUUACUACUUUACCGGACGACACACAAAACCCGAAACUGGAAAGUAACUAUGAGUCAUAUGACUCCACUAACUUUGGAGGAAAAAAUGCUGCAGAGAAUUAUUCUUCAGAACAAAUAACUAAGAAAGGAUCAGAGACUACAAACAUCCACAUCAGUCCUAAAAGGGAACUCUCUGAAACUUCAAGUGAUGUCAGCAGAUUCAUAAAACAUAUUCAAUUGGAAAGUUUUGAGAACAUCGCUCUAAAGGAAUCUACUUCUGAGAAUAAAGAACACAGUUUUGCUGACGAGCUGUGCCAAAAUGAUGCUAACAGAUCGUUCCACCAUAUUAAACUAGGACCGAGAGAAAUUUACUCUACUGAACAAAUUAUUUUUGAGGGUCCCAUCUCUGAAUGUCCUGUCUCUGAAACAAUUAAGCUAGACAUUUCAACAGAUCAGAACAGAUCUAUUCGACAUAUAAAGAUAAGUCCCACAGAAAGGUAUCCUACAGAGCAGAUCAUUUUUGAAGGUCCAAUCUUUAAAACAGUUGGAGGUGGUGCAGAAGGUAACUUGUCUCAGUAUAAAGAUGAUAUAAAACUGGGCUCUCAAGAUAGUCAGUUAUGUUUUAAGGGAUUGCAAGCUUAUGAAGAGGAGAAUUGGUCUCAAAGUAGUUCUCAAACAGAGGAUGUUACACAUGGAACAAAAACUGUUACACAUAUUAAACUCAAACCUGGGGAAACCCAACUGACCAAAGAAUUUAUAAUUCAGGGUUCCAUACCUAACGUUCAUGAGAUAAGCAAAGAAAAUGCCCCAGAUACAAAUAUAUCAGAGGAAAAUACCAGACCUAUUGAGCAUAAAAUUGGCUCCCAGGUAAUCCAUAUUGCAAAACAAACAAAAUAUCAGGGUUUUGUGUCUGAACCAUUUCAAAUGGGAGAGGAAGGGAAUCUGAAUAAGCCUGAAGAACAACCAAAUUCUAACACAAGUGUGCAUCACAUUAAAGUGAGUCCAAACAGAGAGCAAAUUAUAUUUGAAGGACCCAUAUCUACAAACUUACACAUUGGUGACCAAAAGGAGAACUCAUAUAUUGAGGAAACAAGUGAUAGUAAUAGAUCGAUUAGGCAUAUCAGAGUAGGUACAAAAGAAAUUUACUCCUCUGAACAUAUAUUUGAAGAACCAGUUUCUGAUGCAUAUGAUUCUUCAGAUAUUUUAGUUUCAUCUCCGUCUGGAUAUUCCACUGAAAGUGAGAGAUCCAUAAAGCAUAUUAGACUGGGACCAACAGAAAAAUCGUUCACUUUUCAGAUGGAUAUAACAAAAUUUGCCACAAAGUAUCAAAGUGACGCAGGAACCCAGGAAAGUGUAAUGGUAUCUAAGUCUACAAAUUUUGAAGGGCACCCAAAGAAAAUUAAGUCUCACAGUGUAUCAGCGGAUGAAAUGGAGGUGGCUGAAAGUGGUUAUGGUGAAGAAGACGUUGCUGCUGGCUCCCAGUAUCCUUAUAAAACUGAAAUCCAGUCAUAUGGUCAGCAAAUCAUUGAUACAUCUGAGUUUGAUAAAACAGUACAAUUGCAGAGACUAGAUGACCAGAGGUCUGUUGUUUCAGAUGAAAAGAAGACAGCCAUUGUUUAUCUCGAUGAGGAUGAGGAACCAGAUCAAGAUUACUUACGGCGUUCAUUUUAAGACUGCAGUUAUGUGUGUGUGGGG